UUUUAUGGAAUUAAGUAAGAAAACAACAUAUUAGAUGAAGGUUGGUAGAAAUUUUGUUAAAAAUCAAAUUGUGUAAACCGAAGACUACAUUUUAAAUUUCAAAAUAUAAUAGUAAAACAUUUAGUUAAGUACCUACCUGUUGCUUUUAAAAAAUAAUUUUGUAAAAUGGAAUUGGAUAUGCCCGUUGUUGCUCUUCGAAAAACGCGUUUAACUGAUUUAAAUCCUAAUUUGACAAAUAUUCUUAUUGUUGGUAUUAUAAUUAAAAAGGACAAACCUCGUAGAUUUAGGGAUUCGAGUUCUUGUGUUGAAGGUAUGUUUAGAGCAGUUUGGAAUUUUACCAUCAGGGAUUCCCUUAAGGAUUAUAUAAAUGUAACAUACUGGAGUUCUUCUGAGGCUAUUUAUCAAAUGAAUAAUAUAUUUCGCACAGGAGAUGUUGUUGAAGUUAUAAACCCUUCUAUUAAAAUAAGGUCUCUUGGUACCAAUGGCGAACGUUUUAGACCAAUGGUAACUUCUCCUUACAGUCUAACUCUGUCCGAGCAAUCAACUUUGCUUAGACAUGCCGGAAUACUUACACCAUAUUUGGAGUUGCUGAAUCUACCUACACAACCUUUAGCUAGUUUUGUUCCCAUUAGAGAUAUACACAACAGAGGAGCUUCAAUAAAUGAGGCAAAUAUAUUGGUAGUCGUUAAAGGGCUAAAUGAAAUUCGAACAAAUAUUUCAAAAAACACUAACGAAACAUACACAGUCAGAACUGUUGAAGUGUUUGAUCAUUCUAGUCCCAAUUUAAGAAUUGAUAUUUGGGACAGCGAUAUUAUACAAAGAUCUGAACAUUGGAAACCAAGACUAACAGUACUUUUUAUGGCAGAUGUUCGAAUCAAAUGGUCCGAUUUUGACAAACAGUUUCAAGCAUCAGUAGCUGGUAGAACAAUAGUCACAGAGAAUCCUAAAGGAAAGGAAGUAGAUCUGCUUUUGAAUUACGCUAAAGAUGCUCCUAUCGAAACGUUUGCUAUUGUAAACCAAAUCAUUACAGCUUUACCAGAUCCAAAUUCUAUUCGAGAUGUUAUGAGUGUAAGACAAGUUCAUGAUACCCUCAGAACUUUCAAUGGUGGAGUAAGACAGUUUACAGCUGUACUAUAUGCUUUCGUGUAUGCGUUGGACUUAGAUGGUUUGUCCAAAACACUUUUGAUCAAAUGCGGAAGAUGCAAAUUGGAAAUGAAAAGUUCCAGCUGCGAGAAUAGCGAAUGUUCUGCAUUCAUGGAAACUACACCGGUAGAACCUGAAAUACAGUUUGACAUCAGGAUAACUUUGACAGAUCAUACCGGCUCUUUGAAAAAUUGCAGAUUCGGCGGUACUGUCGCAGAGAAAGCCUUAGGAUGUACGGCUCGAGAAUUUUCCAACAUGUCUGAUGACGAGAAACGUAUUUUGAAAUGGAAAUAUUUGUUGGAACGAUGUGCCAUACACAUUGCUGUGGUGUAUAUUGGAAGAGGAUUCCCAGUAAUCACUGUUCUGAAUCUGCGCUUGGCUAAUCUUUUAGAAGUAAGCCAAAAAUUAGCGAUUUAUUAAGUUUAUCAUAUUUUUAAGUGAAAAAUGUUCAAUGUUCAGAUACAAUGUUUGGUUAAAGUAUUUAAAACUAAAAAUUAAAUCAUUUUAAGAGUC